GCAUCCAAAGUUAUUUCGGAAGACAACAGUGGAACACACACCAUCAGCCCAGCGCAUCAGUCACAGAGGAACAGACCAGAGAAUAACAGCCACAAGAUGCCACCUAAGAAGCACGAUGAGCCGGAACGCAAGCCCCUGAUCGGACGCAUUGGCACCAAUCUGAGAAUCGGCAUCGUCGGCGUCCCCAAUGUGGGCAAGUCGACGUUCUUCAAUGUGCUGACAGAGAGCGCCGCACCGGCAGAGAACUUCCCCUUCUGCACGAUCAAGCCGAAUGAGAGUCGCGUACCGGUGCCCGAUGAGCGCUUCGACUACCUCGUGGAGUACCACAAGCCGGCCAGCGUGGUGCCGGCCUACCUGAAUGUGGUGGACAUUGCCGGCCUAGUCAAGGGUGCCGCCGAGGGCCAGGGGCUGGGCAAUGACUUCCUUUCGCACAUCAGCGCUUGCGAUGCCAUUUUCCACUUGUGCCGCGCCUUCGAGGACCCCGACGUAACCCAUGUGGAGGGCGAGGUGGACCCGGUGCGCGAUCUGGAGAUCAUCUCGGAGGAGCUGCGCCUCAAGGACGAAGAGAAGCUGCUGCAGAACCUCGACAAGCUGGAGAAGAUGGUGGCCCGUGGCGGCGACAAGAAGCUGAAGCCCGAAUACGACUCCAUGGUGAAGAUCAAGGAGAUCUUGAUCGACCAGAAGCGUCAUCUGCGCUUCGAGGACUGGAAUGCCCACGAUAUUGAGGCGCUGAACAAGUAUCUGUUCCUGACCUCGAAGCCGGUCAUCUACCUGGUGAACCUCUCGGACAAGGACUUCAUCCGCAAGAAAAACAAGUGGUUGCCCAAGAUCAAGGAGUGGAUCGACAAGAACGAUCCCGGCGCUUUGCUCAUCCCCUUCUCUGGCGCGUUCGAGCAGCAGCUGAGCGAAAAGAAUGAGCUCGAGCGCAAGGCCUACGAAGAGGAGACCAAGUGCAAGAGCCAGCUGGACAAGAUCAUCAUCACCGGCUACAAGGCACUCCAACUGGAGUACUUCUUCACCGCUGGCCCCGACGAGGUCAAAGCCUGGACCAUCCAGAAGGGCACCAAAGCCCCGGCCGCCGCCGGACGCAUUCACACUGACUUCGAGAAGGGCUUCAUCAUGGCUGAGAUCAUGCACUUUGCCGACUUCAAGGCCGAGGGCAGCGAGGCGGCCGCAAAGGCCGCUGGCAAGUACCGCCAGCAGGGGCGCAAUCAUACCGUCGAGGACGGUGACAUCAUCUUCUUCAAGUUCAAUGCCGGCGCCGGUCUGAAGGAUGCCAAAAAGAAAUGAUACCGCCUUGCCGCCCUCAUCGCCAUGUCCACUGUUCUGUAUAUUAAUUUGAUUUUAUACUCCCAGAUGUUUCGCUUCGCCUAAAGGCCCAGCAGAACCCAAACCCCGCAUGAUCAUGCCUUAGAAUGAUGCAUUUUGAAUUUCUAUUUGUACGCCACGUAAACCACUAUUGACAAACUCAA